GAUUUUGGAGAUCGUUGCCUCUCUUCUUUCGAGUAGCCCUGUGGACAUACUGAGGCUGAUGAAGAUCGCCUUCAUGAGAGUCUUGAACCAGGUGGCUGCCUCGCUGGGUUGGCCAGACGAGGCUCUUCAUGAUGAGUUGGUUCGUGGCUUUCGCAUUACAGGACUGCAGGACGCAAGUGGUGUCUUUGGUCUUGAUCCUCGGCCGGCUUCGGGUACCAAGGAGGAUUUGCUGAAGCAGUCAAAGCAUCUCAGGCCGGCUUUGUGGGCGAAGAUCAAAGGAGCCCCUCUGGACUCUCUGGGGCGCGAGCUGUGGGACAUUACGUAUGCUGAGUACCGAGAUAAAUCCUGGCUAGAGGAGCCGAGGACUUUCUCCCAGCUUGAGCAACUGAUGCCGGAGGGUUGGGUUCCGACUCGCCGCUUUCCUGUGGUGCAGCAUGACAAGCUGCGACCGAUAGAUGACUUGACAGAGUGUGGGACGAAUGGGGCAUGCAGUACUCUUGAUAAGCUUGAUCUUCGGGCCCUGGACGAGACGGUCUUUACAGCUAUGCUGAUCAUGCGUUGUCUGGAGUCCCGUUGCUUUGCUUUGAGGUUGGACGAUGGUCGCGUUCUUCGAGGGCGCGUUCAUCCCUACUGGCUGCAGCAUCCAGACCGGGCUUGUGUUCUCGUUAAGACGGUGGACCUUAAAUCUGCCUACAAACAACUUGCGCUGCAUCCGGAUGACAGGAGGUUCAGCGUGAUCUCUUUGAAAGAUCCGGCCGAUGACGAGCCCAAGGGGUUCUUGUGUUGGGUGUUACCUUUCGGCAGCAUUGCAAGUGUUGGACAUUUCAACCGGGUGGCGCGGUUGGUGCAACGAAUUUUUCACGAGAUGAAAUUGCUUGCUGCGAAUUAUUUUGAUGACUAUCCUUUGCUGGAGGUGGCUGAGCUAAGCCAGAACGCUGACCGGUGUGCCAAAGCAGUUCUUGAGCUUUUCGGUUUUACGUGGGCCAAAGACAAGGAUGAGGCCUUCUCCCCCUGCACUGAUCUUCUUGGUGUCAGGGCAGGUCGUCUUGCCAUGCCGGACAUUCGCUGGAUCGAGAGAGCUCAUCACGAUGUAAAACUUGAUGAUUUGGACAAGAAUGUUUUCCGCAUGCUUGCUUCGCGUGUGGCUUCCGGGAAGCCUCGAGUGCUGACUGCUUCUACUUCUGCUGCGAGGGCUCUAGUCUUCACCGAUGGCGCUUGUGAAGGUGAGGAGGGCAACCAGCAACUCACGAUUGGCGGAGUCUUGUAUUUCUGGACUGGCAGGGCUUGGUUUACGAGAUGGUUCAGUGGCUUCGUUCCUGCUGAGCUGGCCAGUUCGUGGCGAGCUGCCGGCAAACGCCACUUGAUAGGCCCGACUGAAUUGUACGCGGUGAUUGUGGCGAGGCAUGUCUGGAGCCGCUUUCUAGAUAACACUCGAUCCAUGUUCUUUAUCGAUCAUGCCGGAGUUCUCAGUUCGUGCAUUAAAGGGACCUCGCGCGAUUCCGAGUGGAGGAAGCUUUUUCUGGCUUUCGAGAAGAUCGACUCAAGCUCACCAAGCCUGACAUGGUACGCGAGGGUUCCCUCGCAAUCGAACCCAUCGGACUCGCCAUCUCGAGGCUCCAGUGAUUUUCCAACUUUCGGAUCAGUGACGUGUGACGUAGCUUCGUGUCCUAUUGCGAAGUGCUCUUUGCGUGCAGUGGUCAGUGAGGUUGGCGAAAAGGGGGUUGUCCCCUGA